UAAUGAUUCAAUGAUUCCAUUGGAAAGGGAAAUGCAGAAGAAAACAAUUACGUGGUUGCUGAAACACGUUUAACACGCCAUAAUAAUUUUGUGUUAUGAGUGCCUGUUCGCAUUUCAAGAUCUCAAUUAAUUUUAACUACUUGUGUUGGACUUCUGAUACUUUGCUACACGGAAUCUUAUGGAGAUGGGAAUGCAGGGACUCUAUAAAUACGUACCCAUCUUGGCAGCUAGCUUCUUAAAAUGGGCAUGGAAUUUCUUGCUCCACUAUUCUUUCUUCUCCAGUCACCCUAGCCUGGACCUGCCUGAAACUCUGCAAGAACUGAGCCUGUGUUACUACGAUGAGCGCAACCCUCCGGGGCAAAACGACUCUUUGGAGGAAUGUGCUGUGUGUCUUUCCAGGUUUCAACAUGGAGAAGAGAUUAGAGAAUUGAGAUGCAACCAUGUCUUUCACAGAGCUUGCUUGGACUCCUGGCUCCUUUGCAAAUGUGCAAGGUGUCCCCUUUGCCGCGAUUUCAUUGCCCCGCGUAGGACUGUCACAGAGCCUGGACCGGAAGUUUUCGUGUUUAAGUAUUCUUCUUCUUUCUGUUCUAAUGACGACCGUCAGACAUGGUGGCUAAGAUGAAUAUGAAUUUCCAAAUAUAAUAAUUAAUGCAUGUCUCAGUGAUCUAAGCGCCUUAUCUUUGGAGUUGAAAGGUAGGGUGGGCGUCGAUCGCAAUCUGUCCGCCACAAAUAAAGAACAUUUAUAAUUUUUUUUU